AUGGUGAAUGGCCUGCCUGAAGCAUCCUUCAAGGAUAUCCCAGAGAUAUUCGAAGUAGAACUUGGAGAAUCUCUUACCGCUCGAACGGAAGCGUUAUCAUCAUUUCGGGAAUUAGGACCGCCAGAUCUCUGCCAUGUUGUGAAGAGUACAGGGCGUUCUGGCGCGCGUGACUUUGGCUCAUACCACUAUAUUUCUGGAGUCGACGCCUCGUCAUCUGCAUCCCUGGCUGCCUACAUCAACUCCCUGACAUAUUCGAUUGAAGAUAACUCUGCCUGGUUUUCCAAGACUCCGCAGUGGAAGGUCAAAAAUGGAUGCUAUUGUUGCUUCAACGCCUUUUCUCGCGUCGACAUUCGCGUCGACGUCAAAAUUCCAGGUGGUGUGAACGCUUAUGUGAUUGACCUGCGAGGCGAAAGACACGAAGCAACCCCUGAGCUAUGGCAAGAAACAUAUGUCUCCGCACUGCUGCGCGCCAUUCUGUAUUCGGACGACCCCACCUACUUCCUUGACGCAUACCGCAAACUUGACCCCAUCACGUCCCGAGAAGGCGAACUUCGGUUUUUGCAGGCAGCGGAGGCACUAUUUACGAAAGGUUGGCAGGUUGGCUCUGAUCCCGAGAUUCAGGUGGCCACUAUCGUAUCGAACCAUCUAACCGCCGGCAUUAUGAAGUACUUUGGGGACAGUGGGAGGUACCAGCCUGUGGCAAACCUGUUCGAGAAACUGGCAGCACGAGAGCCGGAGGUCAACUCCCUCCUUGCGAAGAGCUACAUCGGAAUGAAUGAAGAAGUCAAGGCUGUCCAAAUCAUGGCGGCUGCUAUGCGACAGACACCGCAAGCCUACACCCUCCUUCACGUUCAAUGCGACUUUCUCCGCUCGAAAGGCAAGCAAGAAUGGGCCGUCAAACUGGCUCGUCAGGCCGUCAACUGUGCCCCCAGCGAGUUCGUGACAUGGGAGAAACUUGCCGACUUGUACAUCGACCUUGGGCAGUUUGAUUCCGCGCUUUUGACCCUCAAUUCCUGUCCAAUGUUUACCUUCAACGGCCGAGAUGCCCACCGUGUUCUACCCGCCAUCAAAGUCCACCUCCCCUUCCACCGGCCUAUCGGAGAGAUUCUACCUGAACGACACAAGACAGAGGACGAUGAGGCCGAGCCUGCACUGCAACGUUUGCCCGCACCCGGGCUCCGAGGCACCUGGGCCCGAGCGUAUGCCCUGCUCACCCGUCUGGUCUCUCAGAUCGGCUGGGACGAGCUGUUGAAGAUUCGGAGCCAGGUGUUCGUCAUGGAGGAAGAGUACCGUAUGCAGAAGGCUCACAGCGAGAUGCAGCAGGCCCUCGGCUCGGGCAACCUUACCCCUCCGGAGACUGGUCUCGAAUCUGACCUCGCUAGUGCUGUCAUCCACGAAGACGGCUCUGUGCGACCAUCAAUGGACGACAAUGCCUCGACGAAGGGCGUGUUGGCGCCUACACCCAAGAUGGGCCCAUCGGACAGCGCCGAUCUGAAUGGCACUUCCGCGAUUCCUACCAUUCGUAUCUCCACAGAAAGCCUGCGAGAGACAGUAGAAUCUGAGGCUACCACAAAGGUUGAGAGCGAUGCUGAAGAGGAGGCUAUGCAGAAGAAGGACAAAGGCAAAGGUCGGGCUGUGGAUGUUGAGGAAUUCGAGGAGACCACAAACGGCGAUGCACACACGAACGGUGUCGAUGGUCAUGGAUUGGAAAAGCCCGUUCAGGCCGCUGGCGAGGGAGAACAGAACAUCAACGAAGCAUCACCACCUGCUCAAGAACCAUUCUCGUUCAGCAACAAGAGGCUAUGUGAGAGGUGGCUUGAUAACCUGUUCAUGGUGCUCUACGAGGACCUCCGUGUCUGGACCAUCUUCCGUGCUGAGGUUGCCCACUUCAAGACCCAACACGUAGCCUAUCGCAAGACUGGCCUUGAGUGGGAGAUCCUGGGCGACCUUGGCCUGCGCUUGCACCACAAAGAGGAGGCAAAAGAGGCGUAUCAGCGCUGCCUGGACAGCCCACGCUACUCGGUCAAGCCCUGGUCCAAGCUAAUGGAGAUGUACGCCGACGAGGGCGACAUCCAGCGCUGCGUUCAGACUGCUAUCCGUGUCGCAGCGUAUCAAUAUGCGGACUACACCGAGAUGUCGUAUCCCACUCAAAUCGCCCGCGCGUUCUUCAAGUUGGGUCAAAUUCACGGACAUGCCAAAAUAUCCUUCACCUUGCUAAGCAUGGGCCUACCCGAACCUAUCCUCAAAAUUAUGGAUAGCUAUCUGAAUUACGGUAAAACCUUUGGUGUUGAAGGAUACGACUUCUGA